GCCGGCGGCGGCGCGCAGAGGGGCGCGGGGCUCGUGACCUGCGGGUCCGUUCUCAAGCUGCUCAACACGCACCACCGGGUUCGGCUGCACUCGCACGACAUCAAAUACGGAUCCGGCAGCGGGCAGCAGUCGGUGACCGGUGUGGAGGCUUCGGACGAUGCCAACAGUUACUGGCGGAUCCGCGGUGGCCUGGACGGAGGCUGUCCGCGCGGGACGCCCGUGCGCUGCGGCCAAGCGGUUCGGCUCACUCACGUGCUGACCGGCAAGAACCUGCACACCCACCACUUCCCGUCCCCGCUGUCCAACAACCAGGAGGUGAGUGCCUUUGGAGAAGAUGGUGAGGGCGAUGACCUUGACCUGUGGACAGUGCGUUGCUCGGGGCAACACUGGGAGCGGGAGGCCGCCGUGCGCUUCCAGCACGUCGGGACGUCAGUGUUCCUGUCGAUCACCGGGGAGCAGUAUGGAAGCCCCAUCCGUGGACAGCAUGAGGUGCACGGCAUGUCCGGGGCCAACUCGCACAACACCUGGAAAGCCAUGGAAGGCAUCUUCAUCAGACCGAGCGCAGAGCCCUCCACAGGCCACGAUGAACUCUGACCCUGCCCGGCACGCCUGCACGGAAGGCGACAUGGCGUUGACAGGGACUUUGGGUUUGUAGGGGUCCUCAAGUGCCUUUGUGAUUAAAGAAUGUUGGUGGAUGGGUGUAUUCCAUUUGUGA